AUCUCACUCUCCCAGUGUCAAGUCAUUUGGCCAGCACGGCAGGAAGUGCUGUGACUAUUCUCCUGGAAAUCCCCUGUGAAAAUCCCAAAGAAAAAAUGGAGUAUGACAAUGAAAAAGUCCUGAAAUUGAUUUAUCCAGAAGGCGUCCCUGGGAGUCUCCAGGAGAACACCGAACUGAUGGAGUACCUGACCAAGUUGGGCUCUUACAAGGCAGACCAAUUGCGGAAAGAAGAGAAUCGCCUUGUGGAAGAGAACAAGACAGUUGUGGAACAGACUCAGGAUUUGGCUAUUACCAAUUACAAGACCUUCAUCCUCACAGCUGAGUGUUCUCGUGAGAUCUUCCGGGAGUUCCGGGAGACGGAGCAGAAACUCGAUGGGCUGAUAGAGAAGCUACCGAAAUUUUCUACUGUCUGUGAGGAUUUUAUCAAAAAGUCAGGAGCUAUAAAUGCGUCCAGGCAGGUCAACAGUGUGACCAUGAAGAGGCAUUCGGAUUUGAUUGAUAUCCUGGAACUUCCUCAGUUGAUGGACACGUGCAUCCGGGCUGGAAAGUAUGAGGAAGCACUGGAACUGGCUUCGUAUGUCCAGAGAAUGGGAGUGAAGCACAAUCACAUUCCUGUGAUCAAGUCUAUCGUCACGGCUAUUGAGGAUUCUUGGCAUACAAUGCUGAGCCAAUUGCUGGCUCAGUUGAGGACGGAUCUGCAGCUGCCCAAGUGCCUCCAGGUGAUUGGGUAUCUUCGCCGGAUGCAGGCAUUCUCCACGGCGGAGCUCAAGCUGAAGUUCCUGCAGGCUCGUGAUAGUUGGUUUACAGGAAUUCUGGCUGGGAUUCCUCAAAAUGACGCUCAGCAGCAUCUCACGAAGACAAUUGAGCUGACCAGGAUUCACUUGUUCAAUAUUAUUACGCAGUAUCGAGCAAUUUUCACCGAGGAUGACACUCUGUACAAUGGAAGUGACAGCCGGGACAGUAGCAAGAUUUUCCAUGGCUGGCUUCAUGAGAAGAUUGAGGAAUUUUUGAGGACUCUGGAAGAUGAUUUGAGCCGAGGAGUAAAUUCCGUUGAUACGGUUCUGGGGCAGUGCAUGUACUUUGGGUUGUCUUUCAGUCGCGUCGGAGCAGAUUUCCGGGGAUUGAUGGCACCGAUAUUUGUCCGGACGAUUGGGCAGCACUUUCAGAACUCUGUCAAUGGAGUUACGCGGCAGUUUGAGCAGGACAUUGAGAGUUAUACAUUGAUCAAUAAGAUUUCAACAGGAUUGAACCGAGGGAAGAAUUCCACAGGGGACAAUUUGUCUCCUCCGGAUUCUCUGCUGGACUUCCAUCCACUGGCCACUUACUGCAACGGGCUAUUGGGGUCCUUCAAUGAGCUGAGGCUGUGUGCUCCUCUUGGAGUGGCAGAUACCGUGGCCAGAGCGAUCCAAGCAUCCCUGGAGCGUGUCUCAAAGACCAUUUUUGCCUUCUAUCGACAGGAGCAGCAGGCUUUUUCUCAAGCUGAAAGAGACAAUUUCAUCAGACUCUGCUCCUGCUUCGCCUACGACCUCAUUCCCUACAUCCAGCGAUGCAUUCACUGCAUCUUCCCACCUCAUACAAUCGCCCAGCACCUCGGUGUCAAUGUCCAGGCCCUUCAGAAAGCUUCCCUGACCUUCCUCGCUCCCACUGACAUCCUCAAGCCCCUGCAGCACCUUCUCCCCGACCGAGUGGAUGCAAUCAUCAUGCAAGCUGGAGUGGAAGCUGUGAAUUAGUCAUUGGCAUCGAUAUCGGAAAGUGAUUAAUUCCCACGGUCGUCCAGGAAACCAGGAGGGGAAUGUCUUCGGCAGCUAAGCAGACACAACGAGAGAAAUCGGGUGGACAGUAACUAAUAAUGCCAGGAGACUGGACUAAAAAUGAAAGUCAUAAAUAAACGCUGCUGGAGUCA